AUGGGCUCCCUCAGAAAUCUCCAACAGCUACGCCUUGAAGUGGAAGGAGUCAACCAGGAUGAUCUCUGCAUCCUUGGAGCCUUACCCACUCUGCUCAUUCUGGAUCUAAAGGAAGGUACAGAGUCAAACGAAAAACUCAGAAUCAGUGGUGAAGUUGGGUUCCAGUUCUUGAGGAUUUUUAUUUAUGAUGCAAGUCUUUACCCGGUAAAUUUGAUGUUUGCGGUAGGAUCCAUGCCCAAGCUAGAAAAACUUGUGCUUAAUUAUUUGUGCGUAGUUGAAGCAGACUCUCUGGACUUUGGAAUCGAGAACCUCCCCUACCUCAGCACUGUCAAAGUCGGUUACUUCGGCAUUGUUGAAGCCGUGAAGAAUGCUAUGGAGAGAGCAGCCAGCACACACCCCAACCACCCUAGUCUACUCUUUCGUAGUUCGUGGAUAUGA